AUGCGCAGCAUCAAGAACCAUAUAUUGCACAGGAUCGAAGUCGAUUAUUUCGAGCAGUGGACUUUUCUCAUCAUGAUGGUGUUCAGGCUGGGGGCCUAUUCUCGACGCAUGGGAAACGUCUUCCGUGAACGGAACGUGCUAACAGCUCUACGGUUCUUCAGUACAGGUAGUUACCAGAUGGACGUUGGUCUUGGUCGAUACAGAUGCAUCGAUUGCACACAUGUAGCAAUUGUUCGUCCUCCCAGGAAUCAUCCUAUCCACCUUGAACAUGUUUAUAUCAACAGGAAAGGGUAUCAUUCACUGAAUGUGCAGUUAAUCUGCGAUGCUGACUUCAAAAUUUUGAAUCUCAAUGCAAGAUAUCCCGGUAGUGUCAAUGAUUGUACAAUUUGGAACGACAGUGAGGUCCAGAUAGUUUUGAGGAGAUUGUACAAUCAUGCAGGAGAACGAUUUUGUUUGUUGGGAGAUGGUGGAUACCCUUUGAGAGAGUGGAUGAUGACACCGUACCAAAACCCGCAAGAUGGAUCACAAGAAGCAGCAUUCAACUCUUCCUUUUGUAGGGCACGCUCCACAAUUGAAAGAGUAAAUGGAAUUUUAAAAAUGAGAUUUCGUUGUUUGUUAAAACAACGAGUUCUACACUAUGAUCCUACUACUGCUGCGAAAAUCGUUUAUACUUGUGCGGUUUUCCACAAUAUAGCAAUCAAUGAUGGUUAUCGUAUCAUGCAAGCUUACGAUGACAUCUGGCAUGAUAAUCCAGAUUUUGGACUUCUAGAUGUUGAAGAACUGGCUCAAGGGAACAUUGGACGGUGUGUUAAUCCCGAGUUGGCUGCAGGACGAAAUUUUCGUGAUCGAAUUCGUGAUCAAUGGUUUCCUCAAAACUAG